GCAUCGCUGUAAGGACAAUCAGGCCGCUGAGCUCUCUGAUUGGCCGUGAGUUGCAGUGACGUCAAAGCCCGGUUUGAUGCCCUGGCCCGUGCAGCAGCAGCAGCAGCUCGGGUUCAGGGUGAGAGAGAGAGAGAGAGAGAGAGAGGGUGAGUGAGUGAGGGAGUGAGGAGAAGUGCUCUGUCUUUCUCUCCAUGGAGCUGGAGCGCGACUGCGGCAGAGCACGCGGCUCGUGAGCCCGCGCCUGAGAAGAGGAAGAAGAAGAAGUAGAAGAAGAAGUAGAAGAAGGUUGUUGCCCCGCACUGCGUUGAUGAUCUCGACCUGCUCCCGCACACAGCGGAGCAGCAGCCCGUCAUGGGGGACGGCGGCGCGUCCUCGCCGGUGAACUUCCACAAUGGAACGGGCGGCGACGCGUCGGACGCACCGGGGUCCUCCGCCGCCGCCGCCGCCGCCGCGUCCGAACAGUGGGUGGCGGGGCUGAGCCUGGUGAUGGCGCUGAUCGUCCUGUCCAUCGUGUUCGGCAACAUCCUGGUCAUCGUGGCCAUCGCCAGGACGCAGCGGCUGCAGACGCUCACCAACGUGUUCAUCGUGUCGCUGGCGAGCGCGGACCUCAUCAUGGGGCUGCUCGUGGUGCCGUUCGGCGCAGCGCUCGAGGUGCGCGGCUCGUGGCAGUACGGCUCCUUCUUCUGCGAGUUCUGGAUCUCCGUGGACGUGCUCUGCGUCACCGCCAGCAUCGAGACGCUGUGCGUAAUCGCCAUAGACAGGUACGUGGCCAUCACCUCGCCGUUCCGCUACCAAAGCCUGCUGACCAAAGCGCGCGCCAAAGCCGUGGUGUGCAUAGUGUGGGCCAUCUCCGCGCUGGUCUCCUUCCUCCCCAUCCUGAUGCACUGGUCCCGGGACAGUGCGGACACCGCCUGCUACGACGACCCCGAAUGCUGCGACUUCGUCACCAACCGGGCAUACGCCAUCUCCUCGUCCAUCAUAUCGUUUUACAUUCCUCUGCUGGUCAUGCUAUUCGUUUACGCGCGCGUGUUCCGGGAGGCGAAAAAGCAGCUGAGGAAAAUCGACAAGUGCGAGGGUAGGUUUCACAACACCCUCACCGGCCUGACCUCCAAGUGCAAGAAGAGGCCAUCCAAGAUCCUGGCGCUCAGGGAGCAGAAGGCUCUGAAGACGCUGGGCAUCAUCAUGGGGACCUUCACCCUGUGCUGGCUGCCCUUCUUCAUAGUCAACGUUGUGCGGGUGUUUUGCGCAGAGAUGGUGGACAAGGACCUGUUCGUGUUCCUGAACUGGCUCGGGUACGCGAACUCGGCGUUCAACCCCAUCAUAUACUGCCGGAGCCCGGACUUCAGGAAGGCGUUCAAGCGGCUGCUGUGCUGCCCGAGGCAGGCCGACCGCCGGCUGCACAUCAGCUCCUGCGACCUGUCGCGCUUCUCCGGCGGCUUCGUGUCCACCCUGGAGAACGGCGCGCUAGGACUGUGGUCCGAGUGCCCCGGCCUGGACAACAGUGACAGCAGCCUGGGGGGGACCGCGAAGCUGCCUCACUCCGAAUCACAGCUAUGAGCGGGGAAAUUAAAAAAAAACCAUGACACUUUUGUUGACGUGGAUUACAACAUGCAGCCAUGGAGAAAAAGGCGAGCGCAGACAACGGACUCGUCUGUGCGUCUUUUUGGGGAGGAAGGUAUGCGCGCAGGAGCUGUACCUUUAGAAACUAAGUGGGUCGCUUUGGUUUUUUUGUUGGCAUCAGAGAGAGUAAAUAUCUGAUCACCAGGGAGCCACAUUUCCUUUUUUUUUUUUUUUUUUUUAAAUAAGAGGCAUGCGGACCAACGAUCUUUCCAAGAUGCGCAAGUCCCUCCAUGUCAGUCCAGUGUGUACGAGAUGAUCCAAUUAGUCAAAUAUCGACCUAAAAAAAAUCCUUUCGGAUUAAUCUGACGAAUCAUAAUGGUUGGAUGCACUUAUAUAUAUAUAUAUAUAUAUAUAUAUAUAUAUAUAUAUAUAUACACACAAACACGGUUUCAAUUAAUUGGCAAGGGGCGCACGGACUUUCCUUUAUUUUUAUUUAUGUCUUAUUUUAUUGCAUCAGCAGCUCGGUUAUGUAUUACGGAGGAUAAGUUAUUUAGGGGAAGCGGGGGUCGUCUAUAAAUGAACCCCAGGGCUCCGUGAUGGAUCACAGUUCAUUCUCACCACGAUGCUCACAACCGCUCAGGCGAACUGUAACACAACAGUGAUUGUUAUUUAAACGCAGCAGUGACUGCACUGUAGUCAUGUUAGUGCCCGUGCACACUAUGUGUUUCUUCUUUUACCUCAGCCAUCGGCAAGUGCAAUUUGUAUAAGACAAAUAUUUGUUUAUAUUAAACAUUAGUCUAUAUAUAUAUGUAUAUAUAUAUAUACAUAUAUAUAUGUACACAUAUGUAUUUAUAUAUGUAAAAUAGACGUGUAUUUAUUCCUCGCUGGUGAAUGUGGAGCCCUUUGUACAUAAUGUAGUAUAUGUGUGUGUGUGUGUGUGCUUUUUAGUACUGACUGUCAGGCAUUUGAGCCUCGUCCUUUUGUCCUUUCUCAUUUUUAAGCUUUACAUUGUGAGGUGGUACAGUAUGUCGACUCCAGUGAAAUAAAAGGAUGUUUACUGUU